AUGGCCGACGACUCCAGCUUUUAUUCAUAUGAUUACUACGGUCUUAUAGAGAGGGCAGCCGAACUGAACACUCCGCCUAACGUGACGCUAUCCAUUGGAAUACUGUUUAUGAUUUUCAUCAUUUUAAGUAAUGUUUGGGUGAUCAUAGUUGUAUUUCGUCAGCCAAAACUACGGAAGUCGGCUACGAACAUCUUUAUUGUGUCAUUGUCAGUAUCCGAUCUAAUGGUAGCUAUAUUCUUCAUACCGUAUCACAUAGGACACUUCUCAUAUGAUAUCCCGAUAACGGACAGAGCAUUGUGCAAACUAGCUGGUUACUUUCACUGGGCCGCCCAGUGCGGUACGACAUUCUCGUUAAUCUGUAUUGGAGUGGACCGUUUCCGUGCGAUCGUUCAGCCUAUGAAGCCAAAACUAACUAUCCACCACGCUGCAAUCGGAUGCACCAUGGUCUGGAUCUGUUCCCUCGGUUAUUCGUCAUACAAGUUAGUUGUGAACGACGUUCUUGUCUGGAACGAGACUUUAACUGUUGAACGUAACAACACAACGUUGUACGAGUUUGAACUGAUUUACUACUGCCACGUCGCAGACGAAGUCACUGACUACUGGUUCCGUUUAACUGACUUAAUAUUUAUGUACAUUCUACCACUCAUGAUUUUGACAAUUUUAUACUCAAUUAUGGUAUUCACGUUAUGGUUCAGCAAAUCGCCGACGAAUUCCAGCAGUCGUAACAAGAAGAAAGCCGUGAAGAUGCUGAGCUUUGUCGUUCUACAGUUUGCACUGACGUGGCUCCCUAACCACAUUUUACAAUUUUAUUUCACGUGGGCGGAAUCCUUUCCUAAAAGUGAAUUUCUGUGGUCCAACGCUCCUGCCAAUUUGGCCAUAUUUAUAUUUCUUUGCAAUAGCUGGAUAAAUCCUAUCCUGUAUGCGUAUUUCAACGAAAGUUUCAGAAAAGAGUUCAAAAAACUAGUUCCGUGUUUGUAUAAAUGCCGUAAGUCUACGAAAGUUGUACCCGAUGACACAGCGACGUCGCGACCAGGUCGUACUAGUCAAAGCCGCACAGGUUAUACUGGAAAAACACUAGUAUCAUCUAUCAGUACCACGGUUCAAUAA